CUGGGCGGCUCCUUAAUGAAAAGCGCGGCCCGCGCAGCCCCGCGCGCCCGCCCGCUUGGAGGCUGCCAGUAUCCCGCGAACCGCGAUACCGACGCCACACGUCCGAUCACCGACUUCCCACCCACUGUCCCGAGUUUCGUCCGGAGCUAAUCCAGAAAGUUGUCGGCUUAUUGGAAAACUUGGAUCCGAAGAUUGUGUUCCGUGUUGUGACUCUCGCGAUCUUGUGUCUUCCUCCGGUGUUCCGGGGGCUGUAAACGGUUUCCAAAAGUUGCCAAAGUGUCUCCUAUAAAGUUGUCGGCGAUGGACAGCAACUCGGUGUCGCCGAUGCCGGAGCUAGCGCCGAUCGCCGAGUUCGACAAGUCGCCGCCGUCGCCGCCGAACGAAGAGGUGCCGAUGGAUGAUCUGCCGCCGCCCCCUGCUACGAUCUCGGGGCAGACGGACGGAAAGAAGGUUAAAAUCCAACGGAGCCGUUCGUACGACUCCGACGACAAUGAGCGGGGCGCGUGCGAAUGGUGCGAGUAUGCACUCGUCAUCACGCUCGCCACCAUCCUGCUCAUCGGCGUCUCGGCGCUGACCAUCUUCUGGACGCUGUUCUACCGCGAGGGCUACGCCUGGGUAGACGAUAUCCCCGAGAAGCAGUUCAACCUGCAUCCCACGCUUAUGGUUGCUGGGUUCGUUACGUUCAGCGGGUUCUCCGUCCUGCUGUAUCGCAUCUGCCGAUGCUUCCGCCGUAUCUACGUGAAGCUGCUGCACGCGAUCUUCCACGCGCUCGCGUUCCCCUGCAUCGUCAUCGGCUUCCUCGCCGUGCUGGACUACCACAACAAGAAGGGCAUCAACAACUUCUACUCGCUGCAUAGCUGGAUCGGCCUCACUGCUAUGGGACUGUUUGGAAUACAGUACGCCGUGGGCUUCUUCAGUUUCCUACUCCUCCUGAUCUGCAACAAGGGCACCGCCGGCUUCCGCGCCUCACUCGUGCCCGUCCAUGCCGCCUUCGGCAUCCUUACCUUCGUGCUCGGCGUCUGCGCUUGCCUCACCGGACUCACUGAGAAAGCCCUCUUCACUAUUACGGCCACGGUUUACGCGACGAUGUCCGAAGAGUCGAUCGUGAUGAACGCCAUCGGCGUCUCCAUCGUGGCGGUAGCCAUCGUGGUGCUGUACACCGUGCGCGGCACCGGGGGAUACCGCCUGCGCAAGGUCGCGGCGCACCAUCCGAGCUAAGCGCCCGCGCACUACGAUACACGCCAUCCAGACGUUUGGCGACAAACGUGAGUUUGUAGCCGGGUUCAUUUCGUGUAAUUGGGGACGUGUGAAUAAUAAAGGAUGGUAUUUUCUAUAAAGUUGUGUUGAUAUUAGCGGGGUCUCAAUGCUUUGAAAUUUAUGUUAUUACACCAUCCGUGAGCUCACUGAGAAGAACAUAUGGCGUUGUAAGAAGAAAUAUAUGACUGGGAUCUCGUUUAACACAUUCAACACCAAGAACCCGACUGUCGGGUACACUGUUCGUAGCGACUACGCGCUACAUACGACGAAACCGUGGCUACGCGCUACGAGCGUAACCCGUAGCACUUAGUGGUAUUGAAUGUGUUAAGUGUCACCAUCUACAGCAAUGAUACGGAACGCAACUUUUUAUAGAGACUACCAGUUUUAUUAUUUAGGUUCCUGAUGUCUUUAUAUUUUAGUACCUCGUAGCUUUUGCGAUUUUGAUGUUUACUAAUUUGCGCUAAUAUCUGAAGAGUUAGUGAAAAUUCGUAAAGACACUGAGUCUUUCUUCAGAAUGCAAUUCUAAUAAUAAGUAUUAUGAGAUUGCAAAAGCUAUGAGUGAGUACAUAUACGUUCACGUAGUCUGAGCAACGUUUUUUUAUACAUCGAUGUUUCAAUGUCACAUGCAAACUCCAAUUUGUCUCCAAACGAAGUUUUGUAACUGCAAUUUUUUAAAGUUUGUAAGUUUGAUGUUAUGCUUAAUGAGGUAACACCGUACUCUGUAAUAGUUGUAACUAAAAUCGUAAAGGAUAUGCAGUAGGGAUAGCGGAGGUACAUUGUGUAAGUUAGAUUAAUUCGAACGAGGCUUCAAGACUCCGCUCAUUAAGUGACUUUAUAAUCACAGUCCGUCAAGAUCUUUAGAAGCCCUCUGUGUAACUUCAAAAUGGAACAAACUUACUUUAAGCAAUAUCUUUACAAGGUUUUAGAUUUUGAGAUUACCAUUAUACUUCGAAAAUUAAACCCUGAUGAAAUUAUAUCUUUUAGCUCAAUUUGUUAACUCUAGGUUUACAAAUUCUAUCUCGGUUGGUGACACCACUUGUUCGGCGGUUGUGCGUUGUUCUAUUGUGAAAAUCUACCUUUAUUGUGAGUUAUUCCGUCUUAGGCAAAAUUAAUUCGACUGAUAUUGGAAUUAGAUCAUUUCUUUGAAUAUUAUUUACACAAUAUUACCCAAUAACUAUUUAAGGUGCGUAGUUUAAUCGUAUUAAGGACCGCAGUCAAAUUGAAACUGAACGAAGCGGAAAGGAAUGCAAUGUAACUGUAAGUGUAAAGUCAAAGAAGAUUUGACAAUUUGAAACUUGAUUAACUUCCUUGUACUCGCUGUUCUGUGGUAAAUAAUUAUCUUAAUUAUUAGAACAUAUAGUAUGUAGGUACGUUAAUGAGGUAAGGGUAGAUAACCAAGGACAAGAAAUCGAUGUAUAUUUACUAGAUUGGCGUUGACAUAGCUCCGGGUGUAAUAUGCAAUUAUAUAUUUUGUUUUAGAUGCCAUACAUACAUAUAGGUUUUCAUAAAUUCAUGCUAAUAAUAUUUCGGUAUGUUUUAUGACGAAUAGUUAGGUUAUCUUAGAUGUAAUUGUAUAUAAAUUUUAUUCUAAUUAAUGUAAUGUGCGAGUGUUCGAUAGUUGUAGUUUCGUAGUGAAAAUUUACAGUCUAAAUAUUUAUUGAUCUAUCCUACCACAGAGAUUGGCUAUCCAGUAUUUUAUGUUAUGAAGUUUAUUUAUUACAUUUUAUAUCUUUAAGGUACAGAUAUGUGUAUACUUAAUGAAAGAGCGAGUUUAAAACAGAGUCGCAUUCAGCUGUUUGUGGUAGAACAUUCUGUAUAAGUGUUCAUCCAAGUUGCCAAAUUUGUUGUAAAGUGGUAAUGUGCGGUAAUAUAAUUUGUUAAUCAAUUAUUAAUGUGCUAUUCACAUACAUACCUACGUGUAGCGUGUUUAUCAAUAAUGUAGGAUAAUGCUCAAGGUAUUUACGGAGGGUACAUAUUCUUUCCUUUUGUAGAAAUUGAGUAAUUUAUCUAUUACUUAGAUAAAGUUUUAUCUAUAUUCCAUUUUGUAAAUUUGCAUUCCAAUGAAGCAUUUGAUGGGCUUUUGACAUUCUUUCUGAAAAUAUACAAUCCGUACAAAGACUGCAUUCAUAAGUAGGUCCUCUUGUAUUAUAUUACAGGAUUUGCGAUCGUUUAUUGCUUGGAUAAAGACGUAUUUACAAAUUUUAAAUAUUCCAGUUUUUGUGGAUCCCUUUGAAAUAUUGGGGCCAAAUUUUGAUAUUGUUAUAGCAUCCCCAUUUGUACAGUUUCUGUUAUGCACCCUUUUAAUACAAAACGAAAAAAUGCUACAGUUGAAAUAGAUAUUUAAACAUUUCGUUUCUAAACGCACCAAGAGAAUUCAAUCCAGUACCUGCUUAUUAAUGUAAAACUAGAAUUAUAAUAGUUUCCAAGUUUUCCCAUAAGUUGCGUAGUCUCUAUAGAUUCAUUUGAAAGAUUGCAUUAUGUUACUAUUGAGUAAUUGAUAACGAUUAUUUCGCUUAGUUGCGUUGGCGACAGUUAUAUUGGUUACUAUGAAUUUUAUCACUGUUUUACAUUUUGAAAUAUUUAUACGGCAAUCGUAUGGUACAUUAAAUACUUGUAUU